ACGGGCUCAGGUGAUAGGGCGAAGUGCGGAGAUGAGGUGACGCGAGAGGGCGGGACAAGUGGGGCCCACGGCCACUGUCACCCCACUGGCUCGCAUUCGCCACGUGGCCCCGGCCCCGCAGGCUGGUGGAGGACUCGGCUGCCUACCGGGAGCGCGCCUUUUUUUUUUUGGUACCGGGGAUCGAACUGGGGUCCUUGCACUUUACGCAGCAGGCGGCGAAACCACUGAGCUAAAUCUCCGGCUCUGGAGCCCGCUUAUUAAUUGCUUUAUCUCUGAACACGCCGUUUAACAAAUCCUCACUUGGUGGCAUAGUUUCAGAAUGUCAAGUACUGUGUCCUACUGGAUCUUAACUUCUACCAGGAGCUGCAUUCUCACAUUACAAGGUAGCAGACACUUAUACUCAAGGUGUAUCUCAAAAAGGAAUCAAUCCAAAUGGAGGCUCCUUUCCUGGGCAUCACCUACCUUACAAAACAGUUCACCAUGUGGCGCCUUCACUGUGCAGAAAGCCUACAGACACACAUCAACAGAGGAAGAGGAUUUCCACCUGCAACUCAGCCCUGAGCAGGUAAAUGAAGUGCUUCGAGCUGGUGAGUCAGCCCACAAGAUUCUUGAUUUGGACAACGAAGUCCCAAGUUCUGUAUUGCGGUUUGAAAGCAACCAGUUGGCUGCGAAUUCCCCAGUGGAAGACCGUCGAGGAGUAGCCUCCUGCCUGCAGACCAGAGGACUGAUGUUUGGCAUCUUUGAUGGACAUGGUGGUCAUGCAUGUGCACAAGCAGUGAGUGAAAGGCUCUUCUACUAUGUGGCAGUGUCCCUGAUGUCCCACCAGACCCUGGAGCAGAUGGAGGGAGCGAUGGAAAAUAUGAAGCCCCUGUUGCCUAUCCUGCAGUGGCUCAGGCACCCAGGGGACAGUAUCUACAAGGAUGUCACAUCAGUGCAUCUUGACCACCUCCGUGUCUUUUGGCAGGAAUUGCUUGACUUGCACAUGGAAAUGGGGUUGAGCAUUGAGGAAGCAUUGAUAUACUCUUUCCAGAGACUGGAUUCUGAUAUCUCACUGGAAGUCCAAGCUCCCCUGGAAGAUGAGAUAACAAAGAAUCUGUCACUCCAGGUUGCUUUUUCUGGGGCAACAGCUUGCAUGGCUCACGUCAGUGGAGUUCACUUGCAUGUGGCAAAUGCUGGUGACUGCCGGGCCAUCCUUGGUGUUCAAGAGGACAAUGGCAUGUGGUCUUGUCUACCUCUCACCUGUGACCACAAUGCCUGGAACGAGGCUGAGCUCUCUCGACUUAAGAGGGAGCACCCUGAGUCAGAGGACAAGACAGUCAUCAUGGAUGACAGGCUGCUGGGUGUCCUUAUGCCCUGCAGAGCCUUUGGAGAUGUCCAGCUGAAGUGGAGUAAAGAGCUGCAGCGCAGUGUCCUAGAGAGGGGCUUUGAUACCGAGGCCCUCAACAUUUACCAGUUCACCCCCUCACACUACUAUACGCCACCUUACCUAACUGCCAAGCCUGAGGUUACAUAUCACAGGCUGAGGCCCCAGGAUAAGUUCCUUGUGCUGGCCUCAGAUGGGCUGUGGGACAUGUUAGGGAAUGAAGAUGUGGUGAGGCUGGUAGUGGGGUUCCUGUCUGAGGCAGGUCGCCACAAGCCAGACCUGGCCCAAAGACCUACCAACCUGGGACUCAUGCAGAGUCUGCUGCUGCAGAGGAAAGCCAGCGGACUCCACGCAGCUGACCAAAAUGCAGCCACACAUCUGAUCAGACAUGCCAUUGGAAGCAACGAAUAUGGAGAAAUGGAACCAGAACGGCUGGCAGCAAUGCUGACAUUGCCAGAGGACUUGGCAAGGAUGUACAGGGAUGAUAUCACUGUCACUGUAGUGUAUUUUAACUCAGAGUCAAUUGAUGCACAUUAUAAGGGGGAUUAGGAGUGAGCUAUUCAAGCCUGGCUGUUAAAAGGACAGGCAGAUAGAUAUAGCUUGCUGAAUAUUUGACUAACAGAAGAAGGAAACAAAACUGCCUGGGUUUCAAAGCUGUAACAGUGACUUUAUGCCCCUGCAUGUGCUGGUCAACUCUUUGGUCCAGAGGGCGGGAAAAAAAGUCCGUAGAAUUGGCUUGGGCUCAUAUAGUCCAAGUCCUUUAUAAGGACACUUGAAAUGUGUCAUCUGGAGCUUUUAAAGGGUAAAUUUGAUCAUGAUCAUAAGAAUGAAGAACUUCAGGAUCUUCUGAGGUCCAGCUGCAAAAAUAUGCAAAUUUGAUAAUUCUGAAUUCUCAAUCAUGCACUUCUAGAUUAUGAAGUCUUGUUUUGUUAAUUACUAAGGCCUAGGUUUAGAAAGCAUAUUACAGAACACUUUUCUAUGCAACAUUUUUAACUUUUUUUGAAUAUUUUUGUGAAGACAUUCUGUAAUACUGCAUUCUAAGUCUGUUUUAGUUCAUUUAAAAGCUGAAUCCUUAAAAAAUAAAUAAAUAAAAAGGAAUUAGGAUUUUAAAACCCCCAAAAAACUGAAUCCUUGGGCUGGAGAUGUAUGUAGCUCAAUGAUAGAGGACUUGCCUAGCCUGUGAAAUACCCUGAGUUUGAUCCCCAGCCUCACAGAAAUAAAACAAAAAACCUGAAUCCUCAAAUUUGCAAACAAGCCUCCUGUAAAGCAUGUUUGGGACAAAUUGUUUUUCAGCUGAGGAUGAGAAGGGCUAGGCCUCUGGACCAGCUGAAUUUACUUAUGCAACAUUUGGCCCCUCCGCUGAGUUUCACCCAUAAAACUUUGAGCCAUAGUAGGAGAAAAUUUAUGUCUAGUUCUUAACUCCUGGCCUUUCUUGUACAUGAGUAAGAUGUCACUCCAUCUUAGCUCCUGGUGGGUUAUUCAUCUUUUUUUUAAGCCUUUCUGAUUAUAUCUCUCAAACAUUCUUCUGUGAUUUCCUUCUGACAUAGUCCUUCUACCUCUGCUAUGCUGUCCAACCUUACCCUGCAGCUGCUAACAAUGCAAUACCAGUAUCUGAGUCCUUUACUGUCUUCAAAUGGUUACAGAAAAGGGGCCAGUGUGAUCACAUGUGGAGGUUAUGAUGGACAUUUAGGCAGGACAGUCUUCAGUGGUUUGUGGAUUUAAUUAUUAUUAUUAUUUUAUUAUUAUUUGGUACUGGGGAUCGAACUCGGGACCUUGUGGUUUCAAGGCAGGUGCUGGAACCACUGAGCUAAAUCCCUGGCCCCUGGUUUGUGGAUUUAAGAUUCAGCCUGAACUCAAGAGAGGUGAAAACUUGAAGGGUCUAAGGAGAACAGUCAGUAGCCAAGGUUCUGUCUGCAUCCUGAGAGGCAGUGGGGAGAUGGGAGGAGUGAGACUUACCAGGUGGUUCACCUGCCUGAGACUGUGACAAAUUGCCAUUGCUACUCCUUAGGAAUUAGACCAUAUUUAGUAUAGGAGUUGAGGCAAAAAUAAAUACGUAACUUGUAAUGGUUUCCAUGGGUUGCAGUCUUUGUAUUUACUUAAAAAUUAACCCACAUGGAUCCUUUUUGGGGGAUAAAUUUCUUUUUCUCGUGAGUAGCUAUGGCAUUUGAACAACAGGAAAUGUGUCCCUAAAGGGAAACACAAAUAUAAUCCCCAACCCACAGAUUUAAUUUUGUGCCAAAUCAAGCAGAAUUCUUCAGUAUAAUUGAACUACAUUAGUUGAUCCCUCUCCUCUCACCCCCUCAUGUCCAUUGGAAAGAAAAAGCAAAUAACUAGGUCCAGCUUCCUUAUUUUUACCUGUCCCAGGUGAAAUUCAGUCAAGAAUUGGGAUAUGUCUCUCUUGGGGAUGUUUCUGGGUACAUUUUCCAGUUUACCUGUUUAGUGAUGUGGCUUCAUUUAAGAAAUUUCUCUUUUGGAGCUGGGUGUGGUGGCACAGGUCUUUAAUCCCGGCACUCGGAUUGAGGCUGAGGCAGAUAGAUCUCAAGUUUGAGGCCAGCCUGAGCUACAUAGCAAGACCCUGUCUCAAAAAAAAAAAAGAAAAGAAAAAAGUGCCUUGGGCACAUAAACCCUGUUUAUUCUGAAACCAUUACUAUUCCUUCUGAUCUCCUAGACCUUAACUCAGAAUGUGAAUCACUACCAUUCUCUUAAUGGUUUAGCAUAAAAGUUUGCUGCUGAAAAUGAGAACUUUACUUAACUGACAUUUCCUGUCCUUCCUUUUUCAUGCCAGCUAAACCCUUGGAGCCUGGCAUGGGUCACAAAUAUAUGCAAUUUAGUAACUUGUGCAGCAGCGGAGAGAACAGACUUCCCACCUGUGUCUGAAAAGCACAUCUGGUUUUUCUCUGCCUAAUAGAUUUUCCUGCUUUGUAGGUGGGAUAGUGAGGGAGAAGAAAGGCUUGUUUGUUGUUUGCCUUUUUUUCUGUAUAAACUCCUAGCUCUUCCCAUGAAUGUUCCAGGUAGCAUUGCCUUCUGGUUAAACUCCAGCUGUCUUUCUCCCUGACUGGUUCUUGUCAGUGGCUUUCCUGAAGCACACAUGGACUACUGCUUGGGACAUUGCAAUUAGAAAGAAGGUUAGUGGUCCUUGUCAGAUCUUCCAAAGUACUCAUCAUUACUUUUAUAUAGAGAUUUCAAUUUUGAGACUAUUUAAAUGAAUUUUACAAAUGAGAUUGACCAUUUAAUAUUGUGGACAUAAUUUUUGAAGUGUGCUUAGGUGCACACUUACAAUUUUAGGUAAGAAACUGAUAAUAUUGGCAUAAUUUAGAUAUUUAUAUAUAAAUAAUACAGCUCUGGUACUCUAGAUGGUAUUCUAAUUUCAAAUUACGCUAGAUCAAGUUACUGAGAUUUGGCUUUCUGAGAUGUUUGUAACAUAAAAGCUAAUUUAUUAUAAUUAAAAUGUAAGUUUGAAGUAUGUUAAUAUAUAAGCAUUUUUCCUAGUACAUGUGGCCUAAAACAUCUCCAGCAUUAGGCUACUGGGUAAAUUUCGUUUGGGACAUAAUCUAGUUGGCAUCUUUUAAACAUAAAUGAAGUAUAAACAGCUUGAGAACUACUUAAAGGAAAGUGUAAUUAUGUGGAGCAAAAUAAAAUAAUUGUUCAGAAUGAGUCUGGCUUAACUCUUCUCCAUCAGACCUAUUUUCUUUUCGCAGCUUUGGGAAAGCCUUAACUUCCCAGGUUAACCAGAAUAUCCUAGAACUGAGCCAUCCUAACCUCACCAUAAAGUGGUUCAUUUGUCUCUGAACUGUGACUCUUGUGGCACAAAAUGAAUGCAUUGGGUACCCUCGGAGCUGGAGAUCCAGGCUGGUGUCAGAGCUAGUGACACAAGCUGCCAUGUGCAUGAUCUGAGGGGAGUGCCUGUUUGGGCUGCUGCAUAACCGACCCUGGGCGGACCAGGCUCUGUCCUUGCCUUCUGGAAAAUACUUAUCAAGCAUUUUCUUGGAAUAAUUAUUAACCAUGUUCUUUAAUAAUUACUGGCAAUUGUAUUUUAAACUGCAUACCAGUGUUCAUAAUUGAUACCAAUUUUCUAACCGUUAGAGAUAUUUAAAAUGUAAAUAAAAGAGGCAAAAUGAAA